GAGGAGGGCGCGGAAGCGGAGGGGAGGGAGAACGCCGCCGUUACCCCUCCCCGCCGGUCCGCGCACGCACGCACACACACAUACACCCCGCACACGCACCGCAGGAGGAUGCCCUUUGCCCGGAGGGGCGAAGCCGGGACAGCAUCUCGCCGCCGGGAGUGAAGCCACCGCGACCGAGGCCUCUUGGCCCGCAGCGUGCGGACGGAGUGAGGGCGCCGGAGCUUUCUCCCCACCCCAGGACGCGCAGCCAGAGGAGAAGGAGGGCGCCGUCUCCGCAGCAGCAGCAGCCGCCGCAGCCAUGGGAAGGAUUUGACAGGGCUCGGAGCGCUUCCCAGCCGCCCCGCAGCGGUGCCGGUGUGUAGGGGCGCGCGUCCCGCCCGCCGUCCCUUGGCGUAGCGGAGGAGACGGGGGCGACGAUGAAGACUUUAGUUUUUUGGAUUCACUGAAAAGCCUUAAAAGGAGACUCGUAAUAAUAAUCAUUAAAAAAGAAACCCCAAUGCAAACUGAAACAACCAUGUCUGGAGAAGUGCGUUUGAAGCAGUUGGAGCAGUUUAUUUUGGAUGGGCCAACUCAGACUAAUGGGCAAUGCUUCAGUGUGGAAACCUUGCUGGAUAUACUCAUCUGCCUUUAUGAUGAAUGUAAUAAUUCCCCUCUGAGAAGAGAGAAGAACAUCCUUGAGUAUCUAGAGUGGGCCAAACCUUUUACAUCUAAAGUGAAACAGAUGCGACUACAUAAAGAAGACUUUGAAAUCCUGAAGGUGAUUGGUCGAGGAGCCUUUGGGGAGGUUGCAGUAGUAAAACUGAAGAAUGCAGAUAAGGUUUUUGCCAUGAAGAUACUUAAUAAGUGGGAGAUGCUGAAGAGAGCAGAAACAGCUUGUUUUCGAGAAGAGAGAGAUGUGUUAGUGAAUGGAGAUAACCAGUGGAUCACAACAUUACAUUAUGCUUUCCAGGAUGAAAACUACUUAUACCUGGUUAUGGAUUACUAUGUUGGAGGAGACCUGCUUACAUUGCUCAGCAAGUUUGAGGACAGACUACCUGAAGAUAUGGCUCGUUUUUAUUUGGCCGAAAUGGUGAUAGCUAUUGAUUCAGUUCAUCAGUUGCAUUAUGUUCACAGGGAUAUUAAACCAGACAACAUCUUGAUGGAUAUGAAUGGACAUAUUCGAUUAGCAGACUUUGGUUCUUGUCUGAAACUAAUGGAAGAUGGAACGGUCCAGUCUUCAGUGGCAGUUGGAACACCAGACUACAUCUCUCCAGAAAUCUUGCAGGCCAUGGAAGAUGGAAAAGGGAAGUAUGGGCCCGAGUGUGACUGGUGGUCCUUAGGAGUUUGCAUGUAUGAAAUGCUUUAUGGAGAAACGCCCUUUUAUGCUGAGUCCUUGGUGGAGACCUAUGGGAAAAUAAUGAACCACAAAGAGAGGUUUCAAUUUCCUACUCAAGUGACAGAUGUCUCUGAAAGUGCAAAGGACCUAAUCCGAAGGCUCAUUUGUAGCAGAGAGCAUCGACUUGGACAAAACGGGAUAGAAGACUUUAAGAACCAUCCAUUUUUUGCUGGAAUUGACUGGGACAACAUUAGAAACUGCGAGGCACCUUACAUCCCAGAAGUCAGCAGCCCCACUGAUACAUCAAACUUUGAUGUGGAUGAUGAUUGCUUAAAAAAUUCCGAAACAAUGCCUCCACCCUCACAUACUGCAUUUUCUGGCCAUCAUUUACCAUUUGUGGGUUUCACCUACACAAGUAGCUGUGUGCUUUCAGACCGCAGCUGUCUAAGACUGACAGCUGGACCACCCUCCAUGGACCUUGAUGCCAGCAUUCAAAGAACUUUGGAAGACAGUUUAGCGACAGAAGCUUAUGAGAGAAGAAUAAGACGUUUAGAACAGGAAAAGCUUGAACUUAGUAGAAAACUGCAAGAGUCCACCCAGACAGUCCAAGCUCUGCAGUAUUCAACAGUGGAUGGCCCAAUAACAGCAAGCAAAGAUUUAGAAAUUAAAAGUUUGAAAGAAGAAAUUGAAAAGUUGAAGAAACAGGUAACAGAUUCUGGUCAGCUAGAACAGCAACUUGAGGAGGCCAGCACUACAAGGCGAGAGUUGGAUGAUGCUUCUAGACAAAUAAAGGCUUUUGAGAAACAGGUCAGAACGCUGAAGCAAGAAAGGGAAGAUCUUAAUAAGGAACUGGCAGAGUCUAGUGACAGAUUAAAAUCCCAAGCCAAAGAGCUGAAAGAUGCACACAGCCAGCGGAAAUUGGCAAUGCAGGAGUUCUCAGAGAUGAACGAGCGACUGACAGACUUGCACUCUCAAAAACAAAAGCUUGCCCGCCAGCUCCGAGAUAAGGAGGAAGAAAUGGAAGUGGUGAUGCAAAAAGUAGAAAGUUUAAGGCAAGAGUUACGCAGAACAGAGAGACUUAAAAAAGAACUGGAAGUCCAAGCUGAAGCCGCAGCUGCUGAGGCAUCCAAAGACAGGAAAUUGCGAGAGAGGAGUGAACAGUACUCUAAACAGUUGGAAAGUGAAGUAGAAGGGCUAAAGCAAAAACAGGUUGGUCGCUCGCCUGGGGUAAGCAGUAUAGAGCAUCAGCAAGAGAUCACUAAAUUAAAGGCAGACCUGGAAAAGAAAAGUGUUUUCUAUGAAGAGGAACUAUCUAAACGUGAAAUGAUGCAUGCUAAUGAAAUAAAAACUCUGAAGAAAGAACUGCGGGACGCAGAAAGCCAGCAGCUUGCCCUCAAGAAGGAGAUCAUGAUUUUGAAAGACAAGUUAGAGAAAACCAGAAGAGAAAACCAAAGUGAAAGAGAGGAGUUUGAAACUGAGUUCAAACAGAAGUAUGAGCGAGAAAAGACUCUGCUGACAGAGGAAAACAAAAAACUUUCAAAUGAACUUGAUAAGCUCACCACCAUGUUUGAGAGGCUGAGUAUGAAUAACCGCCAGCUGGAAGAAGAGAUGAGAGACCUGGCUGAUAAAAAGGAGUCUGUGGCCCACUGGGAGGCCCAAAUUACUGAGAUCAUCCAAUGGGUAAGUGAUGAAAAAGAUGCCCGAGGUUAUCUUCAAGCCUUGGCCUCUAAAAUGACAGAAGAACUAGAGGCGCUGAGAAACUCCAGUUUGGGUGCAAGAGCUACAGACAUGCCUUGGAAGAUGCGCCGCUUUGCAAAACUGGAUAUGUCUGCAAGGUUGGAACUACAGUCUGCUCUUGAUGCUGAAAUCCGGGCCAAACAGGCUAUUCAAGAUGAACUGAAUAAAGUCAAAGCUUCCUGUAUCUCUACAGAAUGUAAAUUGCAAGAGUCUGAGAAGAAGAACAUGGAGCUGUUGGCAGAUAUUGAAAGGCUGAAAAAGGAGACAGAAGAGCUUAGAUCAGAAAAGGGUGUAAAGCACCAAGACUCACAGAAUUCUUUCUUGGCAUUUUUGAAUGCGCCUACCUCUGCUCUGGAUCAAUUUGAAAUUGAUUCAGUUGAGAAUUUUACAUUGUCAAAUACUCCAUCACGGGAUGAAGAUAGCAAGUCUCACCUCCAUUCAAGAUCAAGGUCUCCUUCUACAGCUAGUGAGAUUGAACCAAUCGAGGUUACAGAUCAUCCUCCCCGUUCAAUUCACACACCAACCAUGAGGACAGCAUAUAUUGGAUCGGGACUCUCAACACCAAAGCCUAAAGCCCACCAGUUUGUAGUGAAAUCAUUUAAUAUACCCACCAAAUGCAAUCAAUGCACAUCUCUGAUGGUUGGUUUGAUACGACAGGGCUGUACUUGUGAAGUGUGUGGGUUCUCUUGCCACGUGACCUGUGCAGACAAGGCUCCUGCAGUAUGUCCAAUCCCCCCUGAACAGACUAAGGGACCUUUGGGAAUAGAUCCACAGAAAGGCAUAGGAACAGCUUAUGAAGGGCAUGUCCGAGUACCAAAACCAGCUGGAGUAAAGAAAGGUUGGCAGAGAGCGCUGGCAGUGAUCUGUGAUUUUAAACUCUUCCUAUAUGAUGUAGCAGAAGGAAAAGCAUCCCAGCCCAGCGUGAUAGUGAGUCAGGUCAUAGACAUGAGGGAUGAAGAAUUCUCAGUGAGUUCUGUCUUGGCCUCCGAUGUCAUCCAUGCAAAUCGAAAAGAUAUCCCCUGUAUCUUUAGGGUUACAGCUUCCCAGCUCUCUGCAUCCAGUAAUAAGUGUUCAAUCCUGAUUCUCGCAGACGGUGAGAAUGAAAAAAGCAAGUGGGUAGGAGUGCUGAAUGAAUUGCAUAGGAUCUUGAAGAAGAACAAACUCAAAGACCGCUCAGUCUAUGUUCCCAAAGAAGCUUAUGACAGCACCUUACCUCUCAUCAAAACGACACAAUCAGCAGCAAUCAUAGACCAUGAGAGAAUAGCUCUGGGGAAUGAAGAAGGGUUAUUUGUCGUGCAUGUCACCAAAGACGAGAUUAUCCGUGUCGGUGACAAUAAGAAGGUUCAUCAGAUUGAGCUUAUCCCAAAUGAACAGCUCAUUGCCGUAAUCUCAGGAAGAAACCGUCACGUGCGGCUUUUCCCUAUGGCUGCCUUGGAUGGAAGGGAGACUGAGUUUUAUAAGCUGGCGGAGACGAAAGGCUGUCAGUCAAUAGUUUCCGGACACGUGCGCCACGGAGCUCUUACCUGCCUGUGUGUAGCUAUGAAAAGGCAGGUUCUCUGUUACGAACUAAAUCAGAGUAAGACACGUCACAAAAAGAUCAAGGAGAUCCAAGUCCAGGGGAAUGUCCAGUGGAUGUCAAUCUUCAGUGACCGUCUUUGUGUGGGCUACCAGUCAGGUUUCUUAAAAUAUCCCCUCCACGGAGAAGGCAGCCCGUACAACCUGCUCCAUCCGGAUGACCACACGCUAUCAUUUGUCUCACAGCAGCCAACUGAUGCCAUCUGUGCAGUCGAAAUCUCAAAUAAGGAAUACCUGCUGUGUUUUAGCAGCGUAGGGGUUUAUGUGGACUGCCAGGGCCGAAGAUCCAGGCAACAAGAACUGAUGUGGCCCGCAACUCCAUCUUCUUGCUGUUACAAUGCACCAUACCUCUCUGUGUACAGUGAAAAUGCAGUUGAUAUCUUUGACGUGAACUCCAUGGAGUGGAUUCAGACUAUUCCUCUCAAAAAGGUACGACCUUUGAAUACAGAAGGAUCACUAAACCUUUUAGGCCUGGAGACAGUUAGAUUAAUAUAUUUCAAAAACAAAAUGGCAGAGGGCGAUGAACUGGUCGUUCCCGAGACAUCAGAUAACAGCAGGAAGCAAAUGGUUCGAAACAUCAACAACAAGCGCCGGUAUUCAUUCAGAGUACCAGAGGAGGAGAGGAUGCAGCAGAGGAGGGAGAUGCUUCGCGAUCCAGAAAUGAGAAAUAAAUUAAUUUCUAACCCAACUAAUUUUAACCACAUAGCACAUAUGGGCCCAGGAGAUGGUAUACAGAUCCUCAAAGACCUUCCAAUGCAACAGCAAGGGCGGCAGGCCCCUGUGACACCAAGUAAGGAAGGUGCUCAGAGGAGUGGGGGUGACAAUAAUCUUCGGCCCCAGGAAAGCCGGACCGUGUUCAGUGGCUCUGUCAGUAUCCCCUCGAUCACCAAGUCCCGCACGGAACCAGGGCGAUCGAUGAGCGCCAGCAGCGGGUUGGCAGCACGAUCGUCUGCACAAAACGGGAGUGCUUUGCGGAGGGAAUUCUCAGGAGGCAGCUACGGAGCAAAGCGCCAGCCGAUGGCAUCGCCCUCAGAUGGCUCCUUAUCCUCUGGUGGCCUGGACCAAGGCAGCGAUGCACCAGCAAGGGACUAUGAGCGAGAGGACUCUGACUCUCCGAGACACUCUACUGCAUCAAACAGCUCCAACCUCAGCAGCCCUCCCAGCCCCAUUUCUCCUCACAAGACCAAGAGCCUCUCCCUGGAGAGCUCUGACCACGUGAGUUGGGACUCAUGAACUGCUUCAGCAUUCAGAUUUGACAUCACAGCAGCUUGCUGUCCCCAUGGCUGUCCCCUUCACUUGUUCCAGUUCUCACCUUCAUCAUCCUAACCCUCCCCGUUCCCUGUCUGAAAGUGAUUUGGGAGUGGGGUACAGAAGAAGGUAAAAGCUGGUCAUCUUCAGCACUGUUCGGCACUGCCUCACCCUCCCUGUCCCAGAUUUGACAGCAGCAAAUGAGCAAAGCUAGGGUGUUGGUAAAUACCAGAUGCUGUAGAUUUGUACUAGUAUUGGUUUCAUUUUUUGUGGUUACAGCUGCUUCGUUUUUAAGGACAGAUUUAUCCUACACUACCCCCACAUCCCCCUUCCCAAAAAGUAGCUUAAGUAGACCAGACCAGUAUCGACAAGAGAAAAUUCAGAAGGAUUUUUUUUCCAUACAAUAGCUCAUUGUACUGUACAAAAGUAGCACAGAGACCCCUUCCCCUGCACGGGGAACGAUCGGUAUGUCAGAGGCACAUAAAAGCUUUCAGCCACCAUGUUUGAAUGUCAAUCUGAUUGUCGCCAGCAAAUCCUUAUUGAUUAAAAUGAUGCAUAUUUUACUACAGUACAGAGUUUAAAUAAAUACGCAGAUGUUAGAGUAAAAUACGUAUGUAUAUAUUCAAAGAAGAAAAAAAGCAUUGUGUAUGCAGCAGAAGAUGGAUGCUUAUUUAAGAGAGCCUUUAAUUUAAGACUUGUGUUGUCCCUGUUUUCACGCUCGGUCAUGUGCAGACUCGGAGGCCUGGCCUAAGCCCUCGUGCAGGACAGUCGCUCCUUUAGCGUAGCGCUCGCUGCUCUGCCGGGACAGGUCCCCGCAGUGCCGUCACAGCGUUACUCUGCUUCCGGCAGCAGCGCAACAGAAGCUGCAGGUCCUGCUUCCGUGGUCAUUAAUCCCCAUCCUUUGCAGAACUGACCCCAGUGGGAAAGCGACCCCAGGCCCGGGCAGGCAGGGGCAGCAGGCAGCCGGGUGUCGGACCCAGCUGCUGGCUGUGCGGGGAGGAACCUUCGGGCAGGCCACGGGAGAGCUGCUUAAGGCAGGAAGGGAGAUCAGCGCAGCGGGAUCUGGCAGGAAAACUGCUCUCUGGGUGAGCAGUCUUCUACAUCUCCUUGUCCAUCUCUAACCAGAAAACUGUUACUCUUGUUACCAAAUACUAGUUGCUAAUAGGCAUCAGCCAACCGAGUGCCCUUAGCUCUCAGCUGGCCGCGGCCGGCCCCGCGCUCACUGUAGCAACCGAGAACCUUGAGGACUGACCUCACACUGUUCACACUGUGGUAGCUGAAGAUGCCUGGUGACCCACAACCGCCGUGCCGGCGAGGCUGGUUUUCCUCUUCCUCCCUUACCCGUGCUGUGGGGUUGUGCAAUGUGCGGUGGUUUUGGCACACUCACCUGCUGCUUGGUUCUGACAGCAGGUCAGGUUGGGGGGCAGAAAGUAUGGCGGUGGGAGACAGAGCCCACUGAAGUUGCAAAAAUGAAUAGAAAGCUGAAGCUGGCCCUGCAGUCAACAGAAAUAAGUGAGAGACUGAGUACAGAUAGAUGGUAAGAGGAAGAUGUCUCUUCUCCUUAGUUAGCAAGGCAGAUGUGUUUUUCAUUUGGGAGUGUGUUCAAACGAGCCUCUCUCCUCAGUGCUAUUGUUGCUGGCUUUCUACUACGACCGUAAGCAAACACUUAAGGGCUUUUUGUAUUUAGAAUACUGGGGUUUGUGGGUUUCGGAAGCUUGUUCUGGCUCUUACUAAACCAUUCCAUAUUCUUGCAGUCAGUAAAUGUUUCAUGCACAUAGAGAUAGAUGUUUGCAGUUUUCCAGUUUCUGUCUUCCCUAACAGAAGCUAUAGGUAAGUUCAAAUCUUGUACAGUAAUUUCCAGGUGUGAUCUAAACGUGAAAUAGGGAACGAGACACUGAUGAUCUAAAUCCGUUUAUCAUCCUGGUCUCUAGGUAAGAUUUCUCUUUCACUCUCAAUCAAGAGGCGCGUCCAACUAUAAGCUCAUUCAGUGUUACUUUGAGACAGGAAAUCAAGAAGCUUUUUAGAAACCAUCCUAUGUAAAGCCUCUCUCUCUCUUGUUUGGGUUUUUUCAGAGUAGCGAGCUGGUUGUGGUGUUUGUUUUCACUUCAAAGCUACUACUUUUGCAAGCCUGGCGUUUAAUAGUAAAAGCUUUAGUCAACAGCUAACUUUUCCUCCCAGAAAAGUGUUCAGUCUUUCCAAGGGCCAGCUAGGCAGGGCGUUAUCAGCACCAUGAAAAUUCCACAUCAGCUUCUCUUUAAAAGCUGCGUAUUGCUUCAAGUGUAGCCACUGCUUUUUCCCCACAAUUCCCUCCUUUUGGUGAAGCAUGUCCACGCACUUUUCAAAGGCUUUGCAGACGAGUUUUGUAUUUACUGUAUGUUGUAUUUAAACAUUAAUCUGAUUUUGAUGGUGAGAGAAGGCUUUUCACCAGCAGGUAUUGAAGGUGCAGCAGCCUGUGUGACAGUCCCCCUGAGAGAGGGUCACGGGAUCUUUUUUUGUGGAUUUUUAAAAACAUUUUUUUUUUGCAGUUGAGCUAAUGCUCUCUCUGAAAAUGGAACCCAAAGAGCCACGACGCAGCAAACAACUCGAGUAAACUCCCCUGUUUACUCCGUUACAGUGCCUGCAAUCUAUCCAUAUCAAACCCUGACAUUUUCAGGCAGAGCGUAGUGUUAAAAAAACUUAAAGCUCCAGAGGAUGAGAUCUCCCCAGGCCUACACUGUUUGUACACCUCAAUUUCUAAGCCUUGGCAGUCUCCUUUAGGAUUACUGUAUUUAAUCAGUAGUUUGGUACUGUGCAUUUUUAUACACAUCUGUUCAAAAGAGAAACAGCAACUGUUCUCUCAGUUGAAAAGCAAAUGACCACAUCGCUUAUUGGAAAGGAGAAAAAUCGUCCUAGGACUUUUGGACUCGUUUUCGGUAUUGGGGGACCAUUUGAUUAUACACUCAACUUUAAACCACACUCAUCUUUUCUUUGUUGUCCGUAUGAACACUGCAAACACGCAUACAGUAGCUGAGCUUUUUAAAUACUCAUUGGGCUAGGAAAGGGAACUUGGUCAUUUGAACUGUCAGACGCUUGACUGGUAUCUCCAAGACAGUUGUCUCUUAAGGUUUGAUGUUUGCUACUCUGCACUGUGGCGUUGCUUCAGCUGCCCAGUUCGAGGGCUGCGUUUUGUUCAGGGAGCCGAGUAUCUCCCGGUGAGUUUGUGACUGUAGCAUAUGUUCUUUGUACACAGUAGAUAUCGAGCUGAUUUUUUCCUUUUGGCUGAGACUGAAGGUGUUUUGCAUUUUUGACAGCGCUUAAACAUAUGGGUUAUUGGGUUUUGGCCUUUCUUUCUUUCUUUCUCUCUCUUGCUUUUCAUGGCAACAAAGGAUCUGAACAGAUUCAGGCAGCUACUAAGGGUUCCACAUGUUAGAAUGGAAAAGUUUGGGUAACUAGUUUUCCCCUGCGCGUGUGCACACAGAGAUAGAUGGGUGGCUUCCUUCCACGUUUCAUGCACCCAGAGAGAGUUACAGUACUCUCUUCGAUAUUGCCUUUGACCUGUAGAAGACAGCUGGUGGUUUUAAAAACAACAUUCCUGGGGCUGUGGUGAAGUACUUGCUGCUUUUCCUCUCCCUUAGGUGCUGUGGCUGGUUACAAAUGUGCAUUUUGCCCAUUUUAACAAGUUUCAAAACCGAGGCAGGGAUGUUAUCUCUUUGAUUCUGACAAAAUUAUCAAGCCAGGUGUGUUAUUCUCAGGUAUAUGGCAGAGGGAAGUUUUUAAGGGUCUUGUCAUACCAAAAAGUCUCCCUUGAUGUAGCUUAAGCCCACAUAACUGGCUCACAGAGUGUUUCAGCCUUUCACAACACAACAAUUGGAGUAGUAACACAGAUUCCGGCACUAUUGUGUCUUGUGUGGCCAGAGCCUGAAUGACAGGACAAACGUGCUCUUGGAUGGAAGAUUGGGUUGGCUUUUUUUCCCCCCUUUCCAUGUUAUGCACACUGUUUGUUUAAUUUUAAAUUAAUACAUUAAGGGUAAAAUCUAUUGCAGUGCAAGUCCCCCACACCUCCUGAGCCUUAGUCGGAGAAGUAAAGUGGCACACAGCAGCUUGUUGCUGUGGUUUGUGGUGUUGCUGGGAGUCAGUUCCAUGGAGGAAAUGGGACAGCUUUCCACACUAACACCAACUGCACCCUUCCGCCUGCUUUGUGUUCACGCUGCAUCUAAUAAACACCCCCAGAAACCACGCUGCUGGAGGCUUUCCAGGCUGAAUUCCAACUCUGCUUGGGCUUUCGUUCCAGCCCCAGCUCAGCAUAACCUACUUUCAUUCUGCAUUUGACAAAGUCUCAUCCACAGGGAAGAAAUCCACGAAACAAGCCAGUGUUGGUAUGUCAGAGCAAUGAUACCUGCCUUUUAUGUAUGACAGUUUCAUAUCAUUUAUUUUUAAAAUAUGGUUUUUAGGUUUUUCAUUGUAAUAUUAUUGUACAGUUUUGCAUGGCAUAGAUGUAAUCACUUUUUUUUGUUUUAGAGUAUAAAAGCUGACAAGUGUGCGUGUGGGGAAAAGAUUCUGCUUUUUGCCUCUUCUCACUACUUUGUUUAAUGCCCUCGAUGUUGUAGGGGACAUUGUAAGAGAUUCUCUGCUACAGAACAAUGAUGUAGAUUCUUUUGCACAGAAAUAUUUAAGGUGGAAAAGUCAACAAUGUAAAAAUGACUCACCCGCCAAUAUUUUAUGUUGGUAACACACUUAAUAUUAACCUACUUUGAUGUACUGCAAUAAAACAGGGAACUGUUAGAAA